CGGAAGAAACCGAAGUGUUACUUCCUGGAAACAAAUGUUACUGUCAGUCAAUAUCGAUUAUUGUCUGUCAGUUUUCAGGAAACAUCGUUCAGCCUCUCGGUGCCUGUCAGCGCGGUGACUCACGGCAACAAACCGGUAACGGUUCUUUAAACAUCCGCUCCGGAGAUAAAACACCGCGAGCUGCUGCUGUUAGCUUUAGCUGCUGUUAGCCGAGCUCAGAGACGUCGGAUAAGGUUAAAGUAGGUAAAAGACUAAUCGAUAAGAUCUUAUUCAACGGCGCUGGUCUAGCCUAACAGAGUUAGCUUGGUAGCACCCGGACCGGACUUGGUCAGCACCGUCUCAACUAUGGGUGCCCACCGCAGUGAGGGAGGCCGGGACUGGUUGGAGCAGGACGGGCCGGAGCAGGCAGAGCAGAGCCCGCCAUGGAACCUGAUGAUCAAACACAGACAGAUUCACAGACGAGGACGACGCUCGCACAUGACAGUCAGUUACACUGAUCCUCAGGUGUCCAUGGACCUGCUGAGAGCGGUGCUUCAGCCCAGCUUCAACGAUGAUAUCAUGGCUGUGUUCAGGAAGUACCACAAGUUCUUUGAGAAAGCUGCAGAGAACGUGAAAGAGAACGUUGGUGACGACGUUCAGACCGAUCAACUGAUCAGAGAAGCCUGCAGGAACGUUCUGGAACAUGCCAAACAGCUGUUUCCAGAGGGGGAGGUGAAGAGGGUGGGGUCAGAAGUCGCCAUCAAGAGGUCCAGACCUACUGAUGAAGACUACAGUCAGAGAGGAAGCCCCCUCCUCAAGAAGAGAAGGACUCGUCCAGGUGUUGCAGCCCUCUCUUCUGAUCGACCGCACACCUACUCCACUCAAGUGAAGCUCAAAUCUGAUCCCAUCAAGAGAGAAGGACCAAAGUGGGAUCCGUCCAGACUGAACGACAGCAGCACGUUUGUUCUCGGCUCCAGAGCUAACAAGGCGCUGGGGAUGGGUGGGACCAGAGGACGAAUCUACAUCAAACACGCCGAUCUGUUUAAGUAUGCAGCAGAUGCAAAGGAUAAGCAGUGGUUGGCAGAGCGACACCACAUGAGAGCGACAGGAGGGAAGAUGGCCUACCUGCUAAUCGAGGAGGACAUCCAGGAUCUAUCUCGCAGUGAUGAGUACAAGGACUGUCCAGACGUCAGGAUGGACGAGUUGAAGCCGUUCUCAGUUCCUCUGUGGAUGGUGGAGAAGAUGCAGAGAGCCAUGGAGGGUCAGAGAGAUGUUGACCUCUGACCCCUGUGACCCCCACACACUGCUCACAUGACCUCUGAUUCCCUCCACCCCUCCAAACACUGAUCAUGUGACCACCAGGCUCUGCUCUGGCUGUUUCUAUUGUUUUUAUUGUUACUGCUGUUUCUAAAAAAUGGAAUAAAAACACCUUCUGAAA